AUGCGUGCUCUGGUGGUUUUGCCUCUUCUCUUGUACACAGCGGUGUGUGUGAACCAGGCGAGAACAGAAGUGAAUGCGGUGAAGUUGUGCGGUCGGGAGCUCCUCAGGGCUGUUGUCUUCACCUGCGGAGGGUCCCGCUGGAGGAGGUUCUUCACUGAGCCAAACAUGGACGGUCUGUCUACAGGGGAGCAGAACAGCCUGGAGAACCUCAGUAGUCCUGGAUCUGAGUGGACCAAACGGGACCUUAAUAACGUUGUGACCAUGAUGUGCUGUCAGGUGGGCUGCAGGAAGAGUGACCUCACCUAUCUCUGCUGAGGACCCCUUAAAGGACUCUGUUCUGACCAACAACUGAAUCUGAGGAAGCCAGGCGUGAAUCACCUGCUGACGAACCAUCACUGUGCAACUUCUGAGAUCUGUAGACGUGGCCGUGGAGUUUCUGUGAGCGGUUAAUGAACCCGAGCAGGAGAAAAUGUGUAACAAGAA